ACUGCCUUUUGGUUCUUCUGCUUCUUUUGCCUGGUGCUGUUUUUGUGUAAUCUAAUUUUUCUAUAAAAACACAGUAAUUAUCAAUGCACAAAAGUUUUGCAUACCAUUUAAAAGUGCCAAGUGCUAAUUUCUUGUAUAAAACUAUGGAAGUGAAGCGCUGAAUAGUUGUUGAAAGUCGUCGUCGUUGCCGCAGUCGUCGUCUUGUGCUUUUCAUUUGUUUACCCUUUGUCUUGUGUUCUUGUUCUACGUGUUUGCCUUCCGUGUUCAUAUCAACCUGCAUACAUCUCUCUGACGUCACAACGCGGCAAACACACCCCGCCAGGAAACAUUGACCUAUCUGAUCAACCGUAAGAUCGACCGACCAAGUGACCAAUUGGCACAGCGCAGCGGAAUGUGGAAGUGCCACAAGUGCGGCAAACCCGUUUACUUUGCGGAACGUAAACAAUCAUUAGGCUACGAUUGGCAUCCGGAAUGUUUGCGUUGCGAGGAGUGCGGCAAGCGACUUAAUCCCGGCCAGCAUGCAGAGCAUAAAGGAGUGCCUUAUUGUCAUGUGCCCUGCUAUGGUGCGCUGUUCGGACCGCAGCUUUUUGGUCAUGGCACGCGCGUUGAGUCACACAAAAGUUAUGGAGUAAAAGGCGCCCAGAAACCAGUCGCCGCUCAGGCUAAUGGACCAGCACUGCCACGCGAUCACUUGGAGUCUAAGCUGAAGGUUUACAAUCAGUUUUAUGACAAUAAAAGCCUGGAGAUACGCAGUCGCGAAGUGAAUAACCGUUUGGUCUUGGAAGGCCCAUUGCGUGUCUUUUGGGGCGUUCAAGGCGUCAUUCAUCUGAAGGAGGACGAUGAUCAGCGCACGUUUAUAGUGCGCAAGCGCAACUCCUGCCGUACGUCCAAGGCGGCGGAUGAAAGCUGUUCAGACAAGGAGAACGAAGCUAGCGACUCGGUGGCACCUCCCACGACCACGGCUAGCGAGAUGGAUCCACUUUCCACGGACAUUUCACUGUCGGAAAGCAUGACCUUCGACUCGUGCAGUCUUAAUGAGAUAUCCGAGUUGCCGACAACACCUGAAGAUGCAUCCGCGAUUACGUCAGGCAGUGGACAGUUGGUAAAUGGGAAGCCAAAUGCCAACAAUGAUGAAGAGGAUAUAACAAGUACGGAUUCCUCAAGUACACUAAUUGGCAGCGGCACGGAGGCAAUCACGGCCAGCACCAGCUGUGCGUCAAGUACGUUGCCCUCUAAACUGGAUAAUCUGGAGAAAUUAGAGUGGGAUGAUAUUGACGACUUGCUGCAAGUGGAGCGGCGUCACAGUGAAAAGGAUAAGAUCUAUGGAACGAUGCCCGUCAAGUUGCCCUCUUCUUCGUCGCAAUCGUCCAGCGAGAGUUCGCCCAGCAAAACCUGCACGGACAGCACAUCUUCUACCAACACGCAAAACAAUCAAAUAAACUCUGCCUCUUCGCCCACAACGACUACCAAUACUACAACAAGCAGUAGCUCAGACAACUUUAUGACUGCCACUGGCUCCCUGACUACGAACACCAAUACACAAAAUACUAGCACUGUGAGCACCAGCAACACCACAUUGGAGGACUACAAGACGUCUGACGAUACGACGCUAAAGCCCAUGGAUUUCGAGGAUUUCAAGCGCAGCGUUCAUCAGGAUUAUGUAAAUGGUGCCAACUCGUUUCAGGAGCCAAAUGAUGAUACCCUUAAACGUAAUCAGCCUAUCGAUCCCUCUCGCAUAAACGACUCCCUGAAGUUCUACGGAGAGAAUUCGGCUAUGAGCAAGAGCUUUAACUGUGAGCACGCGUUGCGCUCCAUUGAUCCCACACUGAUUAAUGACACCAUGCACUUGCGCAGUAGCGUUGACUCCAGUCGCUCAUCGCAGCGUCAGUACGCUUUGCAGAAGAGUGGCUCUGCUUUUGCCUCCACAGCGCCAAGCCGCGAGCAGCAUAAGCCGUAUGAGCAGGGACGACAGCUCUUCGAAAAGGGCAUCAAUCGGUCCAAGUCGGGUCCCAGUUGCUUCGUCUAUUCCGACAGUGAUGAUGAUGACGAUGAUGCGACGCUGCGUCCGCAUCGUUUGGCCACAGUCCGACGCAGCGAUGUGCCUCCGCGUUAUAUCCAAAUUCAAAUGAAUUGCUAUCCCAAAGAAGGUGGAAGGGGUGGUGCCAACGCCGGUGCUGUUGGCAGUGAGAACGAGUCGAGCCGUGCCGAUGCAUCAUCGGUGUUAAGCGGUGCUGUGGCUGGCGACGAGCUAACCCAAACGGAUGAGCUUUAUACGGCCACCGAAGGCAGAGAUGCGGCCGAUGGCAUCGAAACUGCUGCCAAUGAGGCGGGCUUGCAUGUGAAUGAAGAUGGUGUUGUGUUGAGAAGACCACCGCGCACUGGAGCUGCAGCAAUCAAGCGACGCAGUGGCAAUCGGCGAUCCCGCACCAAGCUGAAACGUCGCUGUUCAAUCAAUGGGCAUUUUUACAAUCGGGAAACAUCGUUUUUUACGCCCCCAUAUGGCUCUCAAAUGUCUGUGUGGGUCUCAUCGCUGGUGACCACGCAGGAGGUCAUCAAUUUGGUGCUAGAAAAGUAUAAGGUGGAUAGCGCACCGGAGAAUUUCUCGCUGUUCAUCGUGCGCGACAACGGUGAGCAGAAGCGCCUCAAGGACAAUGAAUAUCCGUUGAUAACGCGCAUUACGCUGGGACCGCACGAGGAUGUUGCACGACUCUUCCUGGUGGAUGCGCGUAAAACUGAUGAAAUCAGUAAUGAAGUUGCUCAAUUUUUAAAUCUAUCGCUGCCUGAGUGUCGCGCCAUUUUGGAUCAAUAUGAUCAGGAACUGGCGCGCGAAGUUGUCAAAGUUAAAGAGAGAUACGCGGAACUGCGCCGUCGCAUUGUGUCACGCAUGGAAUCUCUAAAAGUGCAUUUGUAAAUGCCAACGGAAUCUCCAACUGCAUCAAGUUUUUAUAUAGCCAUAAUGUUAAUGCGGCCAAAAAAAGCGACAGCAGCAAAGCAAAUAGUAUUCCUUACAUUUAUUAAUUUUCAUAUAGCAUUUAGGCAAAAUAACGCAUAAUUUAGUAAACAUUUGGCGCCCCAGUGAACAAAGCAGCCGCUGUCUUGAGCCGCAGUUAAUUUUUUGUUGUUGAUAAAAAUGUAACUAACAACCACAAUCAGGCAUUUCCAAUUUAGAAAGCGAUUAAGACUUGUAACUAACCAAAAAAUAAUUAUUAAUCUGCGUACACACACAGACUACCAAACUAUUAUACUAAUUUCUUUGUGUUGAAUAUCAAAAGAUGUGUGUUUAUCUAUUGUUUAUUGAUAACAAGUUUAAGAGCCAUGGUAAACAAAAACAGCAAGAAUAUGAAUUAUAUGUAUGUAUAGUUUUUAUAGCAUCAAGUGCGUGAAAUAUUUAGCGCAACUUUUUUACAGGCCAUUCGAUAAAGUUAAUUGAUUGAAAGCAACAGUAACAAUAACUAUAUGUAAACUAA